AUGUUCCACCUUCCCGGGGAUGAAUCCAUAUUUGCCUCCCCUUCCGAAGGCCAAGAGGUAGCUCUGCGUCGCGCGGAGCUUCUAGUGAACGCCAAGAACGCAACAGUGUCCGGCCACAAGACGUGGCACAUAUCGCUUCGCACCGAUCCGACCAGACCUUUGAACUACACUCACGAGUACGCCCUUGCUUUCCAUGAGGCACAGGACUUCCAGGCCGACUUCUGGUCUGUGAAGGCGGGCGCUCGUCUGGGAGACGAUCCCCCCACGAGUCAAAAGAUGUUGCGUGUGGAGGGUUAUAAAUUCGAUGUGCCUGUCAAAACCUUCUUUGAGACGCCGUUGACGGACGACGUAUGGCACAAUUUUGGCAUAAACCUGAACUUCCCAAACAACAUGAUUUCCGUUUUCUACAGCAUUGAUAACAACCCCCUCCAGCUGGUUGUCCCACCCACCUUCAAUAAUAUAUCAGGCGCUGGUCAGACAACCCUUGGAGAAACCCACUUUGGUUUGCAGAAACGUCCCGUCGGCGCAAACUUACAGGAUUUCUUGUUUAAUGGCACUCAGCCAUCCGGUAUUAACGAGGCAAUCUUUCUUGGCGGCAUCUUCCAGGACGAUUCUUGUGAUGGAUGCGUAACUCUCUAA